AUGGGUGAGUGGGAUUCUGGGAAAGGGGGUGUUUCUUGCAAGCCGCAGGGUGGGAGAUCUGCAGCCCUCCAGAGGCUGCUCCAACUCCCAUCAUCCCUGAGUGUUGCCCAGGCUGGCUGCUGCUGGGGGUGAUGGGAGCUCAGGAGGGCCAGGAUUCGUGCCAGCACUGGCCUAACGCAAACACCCCUUUGGCCAGAGACGAGAGCUAAGAAGGUGGAGAUGAGGCGUAAGAACUGGAAAGGCAACGUGGUCCAAUGGGCACGAGAAGACUUCUUCGUCCCUGGGCCCGCAAUCUUUUACUCUGACAUCUCCAAAGUGGCCAAGGCUUUUGGGGAGCACCUCACGCCCAGCCAGAUCAACGAAGUCGUGUUGAAGGCGAUUGACAACCUGACAGUGGAAGACAGAGUCAUCUCUCAGGCCUCAGGAAAGCUGCUGAGUUCCUUCCUUGAGGAAUGCGGAGUGGACAUGGAAGAUCUGCCCAUAGUUGUGAAGGAGAUUCACAACCAACUCCACAGAAUAUCAGACACCCGCACUAAGGAUGAGACACUCACAGCUGUGGUCAACCUUGCUGCAAAGCGCCUGAACCCGGUCGUAGAUACCCUGUUGGACUGCUCGCUGGAGUGUGAUGAAAGUGCUGCAGCGAUCUGGAAGGCCUUGGUCUCCAAUCCGUACUCCAGCAGCAAGCUGCUGAGACCCCUCCUGAAAAGGCUACAGGAUGAAGACCCCAACGCAGAAGUCACGUACAGGCGACGCAGCACUUCUCAAAUGCCAAUGGCGGCUACCAACGCUUUGUGUCUGAUCCUGUCGCUACCUGAGGCUUCGGAUGUACUGCAGAACAAGUUCCCCCAGCUGCUGCUUGCCCUUAUCACUCAGAUCUAUUUUCUUUUUGGGACGAGCAGAAGAGUUUCGAGGGCGGCAAGUCUCAUGCCGGAGCCCCCUUCGCAUCUCCAUCCGCUGGCGACCACUGUGCAGGCUCUGAAAAACCUUAUCGGAUGUGGGGGCUACAUUGAAGAAUACAAAAUUUUGGAGGUGCAAAGGUGCUGGGACAUGCUGUCAAACCCAGAAAGCUUUUUUGAUGGCAUUCGUCUUCUGACAAGGACCUUGUUCAGCUUCUGCAAAGUGCACCUCAAAAGGACUUUUAAAGAGGCCAAUGCCUACUUGCGCCGCCCUGACGUGAAGGAGAGGACGGUCGGGAUGGCCUUCUUCACCGAGCUCCUUUUCCACUCGCAGAUAGGCUUGUUUUUCGUGACGCAAGACAUUCUGGACAUCCUGAAGGAGUGGAUGGGGCAAGCCAGCCCCCUCAUGCAGCUCUUCAGCAUCCAAGGACUGGGCUACAUGUUGCAGCACCAGCUGGAGGAAAAGUCCUUGAAGCCCUUCAUCUCGCCCCUGAUCAACUGCGCUUCCAAUCAGGACAGGAGUAUUGCGAAAGAGUCCAUUAAGUGCCUGCAACUCAUGUUCCACCACUUGGAGGAAGAGGAAUACAGCUUGGCCGGCUGCAGCCUCUACCCUCAACUCUUUAAACACUUCAAUGAUGAGGACAAUGAGUUCAGGGUUUGCUCCAUCAAUCUUUUUGGGGUGCUGUUGAGGGGCGUGAAGGAAGAGCACAGAAACAGGGUGGAGGACAUCGUCGUCAGGAGCCUCGUCCCCCUGAUAAUCCAGCUGACUGACCCUGUGAGCGGAGAGGAGUGUCGAAUUGUCCUUAACACAAUUGUCACCUUCCUGAAACUGGGGGAGCUGCCCGUUGACAUCUUUGAGUCUGUGCAGCAAGACAGACUCUACUACAAAUUCUCAGUUAUCUGCAAGUACAUUUUGUGGAGAUACAGGCAGAGGUUGCCGGACAUGCUCACGCAGAUGAUGGAAUACCUAAAGAGCAGGAACCCUGCACAUCGCGAGGCGGCGACCAUCUUGAUAGCGUGCAAUGCACAGUACAUGAAACCCGACUUGGUGAGCACCAAACAAAUUGACGACAUUUAUCUGGCUCUCCUGGACCUUCAGGGUGACUUGGACGGGGCUGUGUCAAACGCUGCGGUGACUGCCAGCGAGGAGCUUUUUAGACGCUGCGGCGGUCGGAUCAAUCCAAAGAUUGUACCCAGCCAACAUCUCCUGUCCAUGCUAAAAAACAACAUGGCAAGGCAGUGAGACCGAGAAUUGGCAUGCCCAGAAGGAGGUCUUCAGAAAAGGCAGGCAAGCAGGCAGGAGCAGUGCUCCUUGCGUUCCGAGUGCCACAAAGAGCAGCUGCAGGGCAGCUGGGCUUCCUUUUGAAUUGAGAGCACUUGUAGAGAACUUAAUGAAGAUUCUAGACAUUGCUUUCUGUGUGGUCUGCCUUUCUCUCUAGGAAUCAACCUUUACGCUUCAACUUUUCCCUUUCCAAAUGCCAUUGUUUGUAUAUGAUCAUUUCCUCUCCCCUGUCCCCUCCAUCCAAUGGAGAGCUGAUCACACUCAGAAGGGUAGCAUCCCUUCCACAUGCCUGCAUACACAGAGUAUAGCCUAAUGGUCAGGGGGACCUUCCUCCAAGAAAAAAAGGAAAAGAAAACAUUUGGGGCUGGGAAGGGGUCUUGAGACAGCUACAUGCUUCAAUCAUUUUCAGUAAUAUCUGUCAAUUUGAUUAUACAUUGUCAGUCUGCUCCAAAUUAAGGUUCAGAAUAGUCAGGACUCGGAGACCAAUUGAUUGAUUGAUUGAUCACACAAAGAGAAACAAUUCCUCUUUGCGUUCCUGGAGGUCCUGCUGAACAUGAUUAGAAGGGACCGGUUGGUUAAAGGCAUACAGGUCGGAACUAAACAGUAUAAACUGAGAGCAUUUGCAGAUGAUCUAGUUUUGACGUUACAGGAGCCAGAAUCUAAUACUAAAAGAGUUUUAGAACUAAUUCAAGAAUUUGGUCAGGUGGCAGGAUUCAAGUUGAACAAGUCAAAAACUAAGGUUUUAGAAAAAAAAACUUAACAUUGACCGAAAAAGAGAAGUUUCAGAAUGAAACAGGCUUAACUGUUGUUAAGAAAGUGAAAUACCUGGGGAUUAACA